UACAAAACAGUUUUAGCGUAAAAUUUUUGUAAAAUAAAUCUAACAAAACAAUUAAAAAUUUACGUUUUAAGUACGAAUGUACGAGUAAGGACUAAUGACUACUCGUACCUUUUUUACUUUUGCGUUCCCUCUUGAUUUGGUUGCCUGCUUGCCAGAACAACUUUGUGGUUUUUGUUUAUGCUACACUGCUACAGCGUGGAUUAUACGAUCGGCAGAUCGUUGGCAGACGAAUACUCGCGUUGGAUCACUGCGCCCUUUGAAGUUUGAACAUACUUUUCACCGGUUUCUGUAUCUGACAGUUCAUUACGGUAAGAAGGAUAAGAUGGACGCUAUACCGCUUAAAACAUCAAAAAAUAAUCCCGAGUAUGCAUUUGGAGGGCCGGUUGGAGUAACCGGGAUAAUAGUCGGUCUUCCACUUUUCGUUUUAUUCCUCAUUACAUACAUUACGCCGGAUGUCCAUGAUAUUUUGGGAAAUGCAUUUAGUUUCCGUAGUUUACUGUGGGUUGCCGGGUGGUUUGCGUUUCAAGCAAUUUUUUACUUGCUUCCCUUUGGAAAAAUCGUGAAUGGACUUCCUCUCAAGACGGGGAAAAAGUUACAGUAUCGGUGUAACGCAUUCAUUGCUUUUAUUGCUACGAUCAUCGUCAGUGCCAUCUUGUGCUGGUUCUAUUCCUUUCCGCUGCACGAAAUCUUCAGUAAUAUAAUUCCGUUGUACGUUUCAACGGUAAUUGGCGUUGGACUGCUUUCAUUAUAUCUGUACCGAAGGUCAUUGGGGAAAGCAGAUGUUGAACUGUCCAUACACGGGACUUCAGGAAAUCCUCUGUAUGAUUUCUUCAUGGGACGAGAGCUAAACCCUCGAAGUGGAUUUUUCGACUGGAAAUUCGUGUGCGAAUUGCGGCCGGGAUUGAUCGGGUGGGUAAUCCUGGACCUCAGUAUGCUAGCCUGGGAAUACAACACCAGCGGAACAGUUUCACUGGCACCGGUCAUCCUCACAGUGUACCAUGCUUGGUAUGUUGGUGAUGCUCUGUGGUUUGAGCCGGCCGUUUUGUCCACCAAGGAUAUCAUCGAAGAAGGUUUCGGCUUCAUGUUGGCCUUUGGUGAUCUGGCUUGGGUGCCGUUUUUUUACUCCAGUCAGACGCAGUAUUUGGUCCGGCUUCGACCCCAAGUAUCACUAUGGGUUAUCUUAUUGUCCAUUGGGUUUCAUGUUGUUGGAUAUCGUAUUUUCCGGCAAAGCAAUUUACAGAAAAAUAUUUUCCGUGGUAAUCCAAAGGAUGUUCGAUUGGAAGGAUUUAGGACGAUUCCCACCUCUGUUCCUGGGAAGGAUCUGCUUUGCGGCGGUUGGUGGUGCUUUGUUCGACAUCCGAAUUACCUCGGUGACUUGCUGAUGACUGUUGGAUGGACCAUAGUUUGCGGAUUUGGAAGCUUGUACCCGAUGGUCUAUUAUGUGUAUAUGUUUACUCUCCUUAUUCAUCGAGAAAUCCGCGAUGAGCAAACAUGCCGAAAGAAAUAUGGCGAUGCGUGGAAUCAGUAUUGCAUAAAAGUGCCUUGGAGAAUAUUUCCUUUGAUAUUUUAAAAGAUCUAAGGUGCACGGUCGAAGUGAAAAAAGAUGUUGUUGCAUAAUUAUAGGACUUAAAAUCAGACAGGCCGUCGAUCUUAAUCUGAUAGGAUUUUGAUAUAACAUAUCUAUACUAUCCCAUUAGAGUUUGCUGAUUAGUCCUAGUGGAAUUAACUGUACGGUACAUUCUUGUUUUAUCAGAAAUUUGAUUGUGGAAUUAAGGGUCACAUUAGAAUUUGGCUGAAUUUGUUUUACAUAACAGUGGCUGAUAUCAGCAUAAUACUUAUUUAAUUGGUCGCAGUCGCACUCAUAAGAACGUUUAAAACGUCAGUAUACUGUCACGCACGGCUCGAACCGAACGAAUUUAAUGAAAGUUGCUUUAAUAAGAACGAUUUGGGUCCAUGUAUGGGAAUGCUGUUAUUUCCGGGUUGUCGUUAUUUCCGGGAAAAUUUGGAUGUGGGAUGCUUUUUGAAAACGCAGGAUGGCGGGCAGCCACAGUAUCACUGUAGAAAA